AAGCCACUAAGGCUGGUUAGUGUCUUCCUUUGGCUGGACUUUCCAAAAUUUGGUAACGUGAUAAAUUCUCUUAAAAAAAAAAAAAAAGCUGAAUUGAUUGUACUUUGGACUACAAAUGAGUAAAGUAUUAGCCAGGGAAGUUAGCCCUAACCAAAAGUGGAGGCUGGCUCAUGAAGACUUCGGUUAGUACAGACGGGACGAAAUCAGUGUGGAGGAGGAGUGAGUGUGCCUUUCGUGACAGAAGCUCCGACUGUGGAAAGCGCUUCGCUGCUAUGGACUCAUCCGACAAUCAGAGGAGAAAAGUCGCCGUCAUUGGUGGUGGGCUGGUCGGAGCAUUAAACGCAUGCUUCCUUGCAAAGAGGAAUUUCCAAGUUGAUGUAUAUGAAGCCAGGGAAGAUAUCCGAGUGGCGAAAUCUUCACACGGAAGAAGCAUUAACUUGGCCCUUUCUUAUAGAGGACGACAAGCUUUAAAAGCCAUUGGCCUGGAGGACCAGAUCGUCUCCCAAGGUGUUCCUUUGAGAGCAAGAAUGAUUCAUUCUCUUUCGGGAAAAAAAUCUGCACUUCCCUAUGGAAAAAAGCACCAGUAUAUUCUUUCUAUAAGCAGAGAAAAUUUGAACAAGAGUCUACUCGAUGCUGUUGAGAAAUACCCCAACGUGAAGGUGUACUUUGGCCACAGGCUGUUGAAAUGCAACCCAGAAGAAGGAGUGAUCACAGUGCUCGGAGCUGACAAAGUUCCCAAAGAUGUCACAUGUAACCUCAUUGUAGGAUGUGAUGGAGCUUAUUCAACUGUCAGAAAUCACCUUAUGAAGAAACCGCGCUUUGAUUACAGUCAACAUUACAUUCCUCACGGGUACAUGGAGUUGAGCAUUCCACCUAAGAAUGGAGAUUUUGCCCUGGAGCCUAAUUACCUGCACAUUUGGCCUAGAAAUACUUUUAUGAUGAUUGCACUUCCUAACACGAACAAAUCGUUCACUUGCACUUUGUUCAUGCCCUUUGAAGAAUUCGAAAAACUUCUUACCAGCAGUGAUGUGCUGGAUUUCUUCCAGAAGUACUUUCCAGACUUCAUCCCUCUCAUUGGAAAGCAAGCCCUGGUGCAAGACUUCUUCCUAUUGCCACCCCAGACAAUGAUAUCUGUCAAGUGUUCUUCUUUUCACUUUAAGUCACACUGUGUGCUGAUGGGAGAUGCAGCUCAUGCCAUUGUCCCCUUUUUUGGCCAAGGAAUGAACGCGGGUUUUGAAGACUGCUUGGUACUGGAUGAGUUAAUGGAUAAAUUCAAUAAUAAUUUUAGUUUGUGUCUUCCGGAAUUCUCACGAGUUAGAAUUCCAGAUGCCCAUGCAAUUUCAGACCUGUCUGUAUACAAUUACAUGGAGAUGCGAGCCCAUGUCAACUCCUGGUGGUUCGCUUUUCAAAAGAACAUAGAGAGAUUCCUUCAUGCUAUUAUGCCAUCUACGUUUGUGCCUCUCUAUACCAUGGUAACCUUUUCCAGAAUAAGAUACCACGAGGCGGUACUGCACUGGCAUUGGCAAAAAAAGGUAAUAAAACAAGGACUUUUUGUCUUCGGAUCUCUGGUAGCCACUGGUACCGCCUACCUACUUGUGCACUACAUGUCACCAAAACCUCUGGACUACUUAAGAAGACCAUGGAAGUGGGCUCCUUACUUCCAGGACGUGGGACACAUCUCUCUGAAAACUCCAGGGAGUUACUAGAAAAAACUUCCUAUUUCCUUAGCCAGUGAUAUCAGAUCCUAAAGUAGCAAAUGUUUGAUUUGCCUGGGCAAAGGAAGGACUAAACAAGUGUUUCUAUUGCAAGAUUUAAUUCACUAUUGGAAGAUAGUUGGCAGCAUGUAAGUAAAUUAAUGUGGAGGCUU